AAAAGCUGGUGUCUGAGUGGCUCGUGUGCAAUGUGACUUGACCACCACAUCCUGCCUGACACUUGGACCAACAAUCUGUCAGCUCCAACAUCUGGGUUUGGCUAUUUUUUAACUCAUCAUCUUAAAAUCGUAAAAAGUUCACAGCCAGCUUCUUCCUCCGCCACCACCGCUCCACACCUCAUCACAAUGCCUCAUCGAUCCUGCUCUGUUGAGAUUAACAACAACUCCGGCUGCUACACUCUCGCGAACCCCAGGGUGUUCACUGAGAGUGGCUGCUGUGAGAUCCCUCUGCCACCCAUGGUGGGUCCCUGCUCCGCUGGCAGCGCUCUGUUCAACAAGACCACCGGCUGUGCGACUGGCUCUGUUGGUGUCUUCACCUAUGACCUUUUCAAUUCUGAGAUGAACGACUAUAGCCACAUCAUGGCUGUCAUGUACUCUGUGCCCUAUGACCGAAACCUCUACUCCAACUGGUUUGCUGUGGGGAUCUUUGACAGAGGCAACGACUGCGACUACAAUCUGUAUGAUAUCAUGUAUAAUGGCAGUGAAAAUAACUUUGCAAGAGCAAAGGCAGAUGGCUCCUGCAUUUCUUAUCAGGGCGAUUAUGUUAUAGUCAGUGCCUCCAUGUCAGACUCACAUGAGGCAGUCCUGAGGGUGGAUGUCAGUGAUACUGGCAUGUAUUAAGACAAAAGAAGUAGGCUCCUACUGUUACUAUGUAAGGCAAAUGAGAUGAUCACAAUCAUUUUAAUAAAAUAUUUUAAGUGUGAAGCUCAAUCAACUGAUAAAGUUGGUCACUAGCUAAAGUGGUGCUUUUGAAUCAGUAUACUUAAGACAUAGUACACAUGAUUGUACACUAAAUAUUGGUUAUUCAGAUGUGAUUUUAAA